CAGUGACGUCAAGGGGUCAGGCUACACGUGCAUCAAUUCUAAGUACUACACACAAACCGGAAAUGAAACACCGUGAUCAUAUUAAAACACAGUUAAGAUGAUUCAAAUUGACGCUGAUAUACUACCCGAUUUAUGACAGUUAAAAUAAAGCUGUAACGUCAAAUAAUAACGAUUUCAUGAAUAACGAUGACAGAAAAAGCGUAAUGAAGGCAGAGAUUAGCGUUAAUAAAAACAAUACAUUUUAUUUUGAAAGACAUGCUCGGAUGUUGCAUGUCAAUACAAAUGGAGUUAGCCUGGCUUCGCAAAGCUAGCCGCAGGAGGCUAACCCACAAAACUAGGUCGACAUUAGAUAGUCUCUUUCAGUAUAAUUGCAGACAUGUAACUCGUAUCCCCGUUGGAUGUAUGGGCUUUAGUCCCCAACUCCUUAAUUGCCGUUUUACCCAGGGACGGACGCGUUAAUAAAUGACGACACAUACCGGCCGGCUGUAGCAACAAACUGUAGCUGGCUAAGAGCAAGUUAGCGUUUAGCUACGGGAGUUCACCAAGUAAGACCACAGGCUAGGUGGCAACCAUUUCUGAAGAAACGCCUCAGACUGCCGGCUGUGGAGCUACUUGUGUCACCCAAUUGCAAUAAUAGUCAUAAUGGCCCUCCAAGGGAAUUCAUAACGACAGUGUGGCCUGUGACAAAAAUGAGUUUGACACCCCUGCGUUUGAAAAACAGAUGUUUCAGGCAGGAACGUGUGAUUGGUGGCCUAUGAGGAAGCCACGCCGAAAAGGCCUGGUGAGCCCAGGAAGUGGCACAGAUGACAGGAAGUACAAGGCCACACCAGUUGGUGGUUGCGGUGUUGGUGCCCGCCAGCGAUCCCCAUCCCCGUACAGUCUCAAAGCAUCUCCGAGCAGAGAAACACUGAGCUAUGCACAGGCUCAGAAGGUUGUGGAAGUGGAGCUGGAUGGCCGGCUUCACCGCAUCUCCGUUUUGGAGCCCUUGGCCGUCAUCACCGAAGACGAAAUGAUGGCGCAGGACAUUAGUGAGUGUAACAGCAACAAAGAAAACAGCGAGCAGCCGUCGCCUACUGUCAGUGCUACGCAAGCUGUCGGCAAAGCCAUCACGCCCCGUGGCCGCCGAAAAGACUCUAAGUCUUUCAAGUCUGCGGCACCGUCGAAAAACCACUGCGCCCGUGUUCAAUCGCAAACGCCUGAAAAGUUAAAUGCAACACACAAUCACCUAAUACCCCUCCCUGAGCCUUCGUUUCACUUUGUAGACACUUUCACCCUAGUCGAGGCACCGCCUCUGCCCACGGCAUACUACCGGUACAUCGAACGUUCUGCCGAGGAGACGGAAGCUCUGGCUGAAUACGACAUGGACGAGGAAGACUCGGCCUGGUUGGAGAUGAUCAAUGCUGGCCGGACAGAGGAGGGCUGCGCUGCGCUAUCCGCAGACAUCUUUGAGCUGCUGGUAGACCGCCUCGAAGACGAGGCUUACCGGGAGGCACGCACCCGGGUGCCCUCUCAGAACGCCAUUGAUGACGACGACGCCUUCUGCUGCGUGUGCCUGGACGACGAGUGCCUCAACAGCAACGUCAUCCUCUUCUGUGACGCGUGCAACUUAGCCGUGCACCAGGAAUGCUACGGCGUUCCCUAUAUCCCAGAGGGCCAGUGGCUGUGCCGCUGCUGCCUUCAGUCCCCUCAGAAACCCGUUGACUGUGUGCUUUGCCCCAACAGAGGCGGAGCCUUUAAGCAAACCAGCGAUGGCCGCUGGGCGCAUGUAGUUUGCGCUAUCUGGAUCCCCGAAGUCUGUUUUGCUAAUACAGUCUUUUUGGAACCAGUGGAAGGUGUCAGUAACAUUCCCCCAGCACGCUGGAAACUUACCUGCUACCUGUGUAAGCAGAAAGGCCGCGGGGCAUCCAUCCAGUGCCACAAGGCCAACUGUUACACUGCGUUUCACGUCACUUGCGCACAGCGGGCUGGCCUGUUCAUGAAAAUCGACCCAGUGCGAGAGACAAGCGUCAACGGGACCACAUUCUCGGUCAGGAAGACGGCAUUCUGUGAGAGUCAUUCACCUGCAGGCCAAGACGGCAUCUCUGACGAGGAGGGUGAAGGGCGCGUGGUGGGCAGCAAAGGGAGGGCCAGUCGAGGGCGGAGUGCCUACACAGAUGGUCCCGCGACACCAAAAAAAGGCAGAAAGUCUGAGAGUGAUGGCAAGAUGGAUAAAAAGAAAGGGAAGAAGGACACAGGCUCCCCAACACUGAAGAAUGCUUCGCCAAAAGUGAUAGUGCCUGAAAUACCCACAAGCAGGUUGAAUGCCAUCUGCAAAGGUAUUCUCUUUCAAAAGAAGAACCAGUUCAUGCAAAGGCUGCAUAGCUACUGGUUACUGAAGCGUCAGUCCAGGAACGGCGUGCCACUGGUCCGCCAUUUGCACUCGAAUGUCCAAUCCCAACGGAAUACUGAAGAGCCUGAGGUGGUUGAUGAACAAGUAUCUGCAGCCAGAGGGGCUCUGAGAUAUUGGCAGAAGCUUCGACAUGACCUUGAAAAGGCCAGGCUGCUGGUGGAGCUCAUCCGUAAAAGGGAGAAACUCAAACGAGAACAGAUCAAAGUCCAUCAAGCAGCUCUGGAGCUGGAGUUGACCCCGAUGUUGUUGUUGCUCCGCUCCACUAUGGACCAACUGCAGGAGAAGGACACAGCUGAGAUCUUUGCAGAGCCAGUCAACAUCAAGGAGGUACCAGACUACAUGGAGUUCAUAAAUCGUCCAAUGGACUUUACAACUAUGCGCUCCAAGCUAGAAAAUCAUAUCUAUCGUUCUGUGGCUGACCUGGAAGAUGACUUCAACCUGAUGGUGUCCAACUGCCUCCUGUACAACAGCAAGGACACCAUCUUCCACCGCGCUGCACUGCGUCUUCGGGACCUUGGGGGAGCCGUGUUGCGCCAUGCCCAACGACAAGCCACCAACAUGGGCCUGGAGCUGGAGACAGGCAUGCACCUACCUGAGUCACCGCAGAAGCGCAAAUUUUACAGCUGCACAUGGGAGGAUGUGGACAGUGUGCUGAACCCUGAAAACCGGCUUCAUAUGAGUGUGGAGGAGCAGCUGAAGGAGCUGCUGGACAAGCUGGACUUCGUCAGUUCCAUGCGAUGCAGCGGUGCUCGCACGCGACGUAUGCGCCAGCUCCGCCGCGAGAUCCACAACAUUCGGUUCCGGCAGGGUCCGCACCGCCAAGGCCUUCGCAACGGUCGUCUAAAAGAAGACAGCGAUGAAGAUGAUGAAGAGGAGGAAGACGACGAAGACAAGGCCGAAGGCUCAAAGGCAGAAACCUGCCUUUUAACUUCCGACAAAGACCUCAAAUCCACCUCGCCCCCAACACUGGAACCCACCGGGCCGGUCCCUCCUCCACGACUGGGAGACGCACCCCUGGAGCCUCCCACGCUGCGGCCGAUAUCCAAGGAGCCGCCGCUCUCAGGCUGGCCCUGCAAACGCCGAAAGAUAGUCGGCGGCCUCGCUGACAGCGACGCAGAGCACAUCGGUUGCACUAAAGCUCAGGAGACGUCGCCGCCGGAAAGUUUUCACAGCGAGGGGCAGGUGGUGUCCAACGGCCUCCCCGACCUCAGCACCCCCACGAGUCCGCACGCUGCGGGCGUUGGACGAAGGACCUCUGUGUUAUUCAAAAAGGCAAAAAAUGGUGCAAAGAUGUUCAGAGACAAUCCUUUGCCCGAUGGCAAGGGGUCGCAGGACGACAGUACAAGCUCCUCACUUUCCCCGUCCAGCACCCCCUCUAGUACACCUUUAUCCACUCCUACCAAAAGCCCUCAAAAAGCCAUAGAACCCCCCUGCCUGAAUGACCCAUGGACCCCCAGGCGAGACAUGAGCUCAGAUGGAGAACUGGACAAAGCACUGAAUCAAAGUCUGAAAAGUGGGCUCACCAAUGGCUUCGACAAGCGCAAAGACGGCGGGUCCGACGGCGAAUACAGCCCCUGUCCGGUCCUCCGCAAAGAAAUUGCUGCAGCACCCAAACGAAGCCUGGGGAAACCUGCUCUUUCCAAAGUUCCCUUCCUGGAGUUCGUCAAUGGAGAUGCUGAUUACACCGGUAACGGCAGCCAAACAUCUGAGGAUGAGACUGAGCUUGAGCCUCUAGACCUGGUUUGGGCCAAGUGUCGAGGAUAUCCCUCUUAUCCCGCCCUGAUCAUCGACCCGGAGAUGCCGGAAGAGGGUCUGCUGCUCAACGGAGUGCCCAUCCCGGUCCCGCCCAAAGAUGUCCUCCGACUGGGGGAGCGGAGGCAGGAGGAGAGCAGCCAGAGGCUCUACUUGGUGCUCUUCUUCGACAACAAACGAACAUGGCAGUGGCUCACACGUGACAAGGUGACCCCCUUGGGAGUGGACAACACUGCGGACAAGUUGCGCAUCAUGGAGGGCCGCAAGCCCAGCCUCCGCAAGUCUGUGCAGGUGGCGUACGACCGCGCCAUGAUCCACCAGAGCAGAGUGAGCCACAGCCAAGGCUUUGUGACCUCCAACUUCCUGUAGAGGUCGCGGUUGUCUCCGCCCGGUUCCUUUUGUGGUCCGCUUCUACUGUAUGUCAUGCAAAUCAGUUGCGGCGUGUUUGUGUGCGAUGACGAACUUCAAACAAUAUUUAUACCAAGUGCAGAGGACCUAUGCAUGGAUCACUGCCAUCUUUUAUACAAUAGCUUUUUACAUUUUAAUCUUUUAUGAAAUACGCUUGUACAGUUCAAAGGUACACUCUGUGUGCAUUAUGUUUGUAAGACGAAGUCUUGGUCACUUUGUGUUGCUCUUUUUAAUCAAUCCACAAGGGGCAACGUGAGGCUGUUUAUUUUUGUCGAGAAUUAAUUCCUGACAUGCUGCAUUUUGUGUGCGUGCGUGUGUGUGCGUGUUGAUGUCAGUGAACACAAUGAAUGAGCCAUUGUUCUAAUUAUGAAUUCUCUUUUUUGAUAUGAGAGAAAUAAUUUAUUUAUGGAAGACACAACUAUAGAAAUAAAAUUAUAUUGGUAAAAGCAACAAUUGUAUUUAAAAACAAAUUGUGAGGUCUAAAAAACAUUUUUAACAGGUAAAUUCACACAUUUGGUUUGUUGCUCCCAACAAGACAGAUCCAUACCAACCCAAAUAUUUAUUAUUAGUAUUAUGAAAUAUAACAACCUACACCUUCAUAAGCUUGUGCAUACUUUCACUACUCACCAAAUACGUUCAAUCCAUAGUUCCUCAUUCGGGAAAGAAAUGCUCCAUUAAAACCUUUUGCAAUAUAUAAGUGGCUUGUUAUCUUUUGGAAUGAAAUGGAGGCGUUUAUUCUGUUUCAGUGGCGACAGUUUGAGGAGGUACGGUAUUUAAAUGAUUGUUCUCGAACAAGGGUGGGCAAACUUGUGCUCGAGACCACGUUUGAGUUUUAAAAUUAACGGAUUAGAUCAGUCAUUCAUUCGCACGUGAGGUGGGGAAAAAGUACAAAAUAUUUAAAGAUAAAAGUAAUUGUCUUAAUUAUAUUAGUCAUUAAUCAAUUAUUUAAUGCAUGUAAAAAUGAGGUAUGGUAUAU